AUCAAGUAAAACACUCCGGUAAAAAAUCAUGCGAAUGUGUAAUUGCUUGUGAAAACUUGUCACUAGUGGCAUUCACUAUCACCAUGCGUACCCGGUUUCGGAAUUGAAUUUACCGUGGUCAUAAUAAAUCUACGUAUAGAUAUGAAUGACCGAAUCUGAUAUUACAGGAAUUCUGCCGCUACCAAGGAAGCAUUGUCCACUUAAAGCAUUCAUAGAGCGUAGGUAAGAAAGUUGAAGAAAUGUGGGUACUGAUAAUAGCCAGUAAAACCGAGAAUGAGUAUGUACUGCGAUGUCUUUUUAAAAUCUAAAUUGUUUAAGGAAUGGUCUUCAUCGACUCUCAAUUUAAGGAUAGGGAGUGAAAUGUUUGUAUAUGCUGACCAUUUCACUUAGUGGAGAAGUAUCAAUUGUAAAUGUUCGGUGACUGACGAAAUCUUGAGGGAUACGAAGGGCUCUUUUUGCAUUUGUCAGUAUACGUCAUCUUUGGUUCAGUUAUAGUAUGAGGUUAUUCUCCAGUUGCAGCCGUUCACUCUAUCCACUUCAGCUAUUUUUCGUACUGAAUCAUGAACUUUGAGAGCUGUUUGCAAUUUACGAAAAUAACACAAAUUCUCUGUACGUUCAAAUUAAGGUAGUCUAAAUGAACCUCACUUUUUCUCUUAAUGGCGGGUGUUUAUUUGGAUUCGUGCUAGGAAACAAUUGGCCCACGUAAAUUUUAUUGCAUUGUCAUUGUACACAAGAAAAUCUAUUCAUCAAUUAGUCGACCAUUCAAAAUCACUUUGUCAGAUAAUAUGGUUAAUGCCCUACCGAAUAAUUACUGUGUUUUCGGAUCGUUGUUGAGUAUUUCGAUUUUUAGCUCUAACUUCAAUAUUUUUAGCGUUCAAGUCAGUUCUUCGUCUUUGUUUUAGUUGUAAUUGUAGGUAUUUGGAACAAUACAUGUACUGAUAUCAAUAUUUUACAUUUCGUAAUAAAUUUAUCACUAGUUUUCACCACAGAACAUUAAUUUUACUCUGGAAUACAGUUACAAUGUUUCUCUUGAUCUUAAUAGGUAACUGUACAGUCACGGAUAUGCAUACUAAGAGCGGCCUGAUUUUUUAAUUGAAGUUGGUUUUUACUGGUUGUAUGAGAAUGUAUUGAUUUGAUGCUAGUAACUAGUGUGAUGUGUCUGGUCCUUUCUUUGGUGCAGACUGAAUUCCGAAUGUAUUGAUUUCGCAUACAAAAGUGAUUCGCGGAAACAGAAACCCUAAAACCUGAGCAUGAGUUGAAUGUAUUUCUUAUGUUUAAAACCAGCAAACGCAAGGUUAGGUGUGAUAUCGAAUAUCCACAUUUAACUGACUGAUAAUUCUAUUAGUAAAUUACCAACACUCAGGUUGUUAGCCUAGCAAUCAGCUCCCAUUACUGUUUUUCCUGUUUCGUUUUGCUUUACUUCAUUUUUCGCCUCUUUCUUUUUACUUCAGGUGAUGAACAAAGAUCACAAACCACGAGUACGCAAACGAGCAACACAUAUUGUAACCGACUCCAAACCACGACACAAUUAUGGGAGUGAAAAACCGUUGUUUGUUUACUCAUGUAUCUGCGGGCAAAUGUCAUUGAUAAUCGAUUGUUUAGUGGAGAAAUUACCCAGACGCCCUAGAGACGAUGCUAGAGUUAUUGAUGGCUCUAAACGUGCACAUAAGACAACAGCUACAGCUGUCAAUCCACUCACUCCAGUCUACAUACGUUGGCCAAACGGUAUAGAGAAGCAAUUUCGAAGAUAUUGCAAAAGUUGUGGACUACCUAUCUUUUAUCGUCAUAGUGCUCAAAAUUCUACGACUGAAUUCAUCAUUAAAAACGCUUUAAAACUCCAAGAUGAUCAAGCUGCAUUGUCUGCAUCAAUGUUAUGUCCAAAACGACCAGCCUCUUCGAAACGUAUUGAUGAAAGUUCUGCCAAUGCUAGAUUACUUGAAGCAUUAGCUGCUGAAGCAGCUGCUCUUCAAAAGAGUGAAGCAUCAAAUAAUGCUCCACUACGUCGUAGUGUUCAACAACAAGAAACAACUCAAGGAAUUGAUACAGCUGUUACUGUUUCCACCAUUGAAGAUGAAGAAGAGGAAGCUGAAGCGAAGGAAAUUGCGGACUCCUAUGCAGCGAAUGCUCGUGUAAUAGAACAAGAGAUGAUUCGACGUGGUAUUAUAAAACGACGAUUAGUAGAUGAGGCUAAUGAAGAAGCCCAACAAAGACGUAUUCGUGGAACAUUGAUAGAUAAACAAUAA